AUGACCAAUUUAGAUGACCUUCCCGAUGACUACUAUGUCAAACAAUCCGCAUUCACAAAAGCUCUAUACCGAGAUAUAUACCCUGCUAUCAAUCCCCUAAAUGAGAAGCUUUCGCAGAAAGGAAAGGUCAUUGUGAUUACGGGCGCAAGCCAGGGGAUUGGUCAGAAGGCAUUCGCUACUUCAUUUGCAAAAGCAGGCUCAAAGACCUUGUACCUCACAGGCCGAAGUGUGGCGAAUUUGGAAGAGACGAAGAAAUUGGUCUGCAGUCUCAAUCCGGACGUUGAAGUAGUACUUAAAGCUGUCGACAUCCAAAAUGAGUCCCAGGUCGCAGAGCUUUUCCACCAGAUCAAAGCCGACCAUGGUAAAGCUGACGUACUGAUCAACAAUGCUGGAUGCAAUAACGGAGGCCCGAUUGGGAGUACCCCAAUCGACAGGAUAUGGAUGGAUUUUGAAGUAAUGGUGAAAGGCACCCUCAUGGUAACUCAGCAGUUCCUUAAGCUUCUUGGGGGGAAGUCAUCUGGGUAUAUCAUCAAUAUUACAAGUGCAGGUGGGGUCUUUUUCACACCCGGGCCAGAUAGUUACGGCAUGUGCAAGCUGCUGGAGCUGCAAAUGCAGCGGUACAUCGCGGCAUUAAACCCGAAUGUUGUUGCAACGGCCCUUCACCCUGGUUCGAUUCUGACUAAUAUUACUGCGCCUGCAUUUAUUCGGAUGUCCAGGGAUACGUUUGACUUGGCUGGCGGGACAGCGGUUUGGCUGGCCACUGAAGAAGCUCAAUUUAUGAAUGGCCGGUAUAUGAGUGUGAAUUGGUCCGUCGAGGAGUUGGUGGAACGGCAGAAGGAGAUUGUUGAGAAGAACUUGUUAACGAUGGAAUUGAAGGGUCACUUUGGAGGAUAA